AUGCGCGGCACAUUGAUCUUCUCGGGCAGCUCCUGCCCGGAGCUGACCAACAAAAUCUGCCAAAACCUGGGCAUGGCACGCGCCGAGGCCGAGCUCUCGCAGUUCUCCAACGGCGAGACGCAGGUGCGCAUCCUGACUAGCGUUCGCGAGAAGGAUGUCUUCGUUGUUCAGUCUGGCAGCCCGAAAAUCAAUGAUACCAUCAUGGAGCUACUCAUUAUGAUUUCGGCCUGCAAAGGUGGCUCUGCCAACAAAAUUACCGCGGUGCUACCCUACUUCCCUUACAGCCGUCAGUCCAAGAAGAAGUCUCACAGGGGGGCCAUCACUGCAAGGAUGUUGGCUAAUCUGCUCGAUGUUGCCGGCGUCAAGCACGUCAUUACAGUCGAUCUGCAUGCCUCUCAGAUGCAGGGCUUUUUCAAGUGCCCCGUGGACAACCUCCAUGCGGAACCUCUGAUUGCCCGGUGGAUCCGGCGCAACGUGCCCGGGUGGCAGGAGGCAGUGGUAGUGUCCAAGAACGCUGGUGGUACUAAGAGGGUGACAUCACUUGCCGACGCGCUGAAGCUCAACUUCGGUAUGGUGACGACCGACAAGAAGCGCACGCAUGGCUACCACAGUGCUCAGAGCAUGGCAAGCAGUAUGAUCACAUACCUUGAUGGGCCGGAUCGGCAGCCUGUGUUCGACUCCGUCUCCAACCAAAUGCGUCACGCCAUCUCUCCGGAGUCAGACAAUGGAGCUGCUACUACGGACAACGGAGAUUCCUUGCAAAAUGCGCCUUCGGAAACCGAUGCGCAAAGUUCAGACAUUCCUUUCAAUGGCAAUGGCAACUCGCGGCCACAGAUCAAUGGCAGGAACAAGCCGGCUCCGAAGCGCUCGCAAACUCUAUUGUCUCAGUCAUCUACCAUCGACGACCUGGAGGACGUCGAUGAUGUCGACGGCUUCGAGUACAACGACAGGCGUGCCUACGAGGUGACAAGGGGCCGCCUGGUUCAAGGACACAUCGUUCCCGAUGAUUUCCCAUCGCCCGUCAUGUCAGCGGCCGAGACCAGCGUCGCUGAGGAGGACCCCAUGACCAUGUCGCAUGCGUCAUCCUUCUUCGCGCCGCAGUCGCACGCUCUGGGCGGGUCGGGCGACGCCGGGGCGAGCUCGGAUGAGGAAGACGACAUACUCAAGGAUCCAAAGGUGGAGCAUGAGGUUACUCUGGUUGGAGAUGUCAAGGGCCGUACGGUCCUAAUCGUCGACGAUAUGAUCGACAAGCCCGGUUCCUGGAUUGCGGCGGCAGAGACGGUGGUCAAGCGCGGUAAGGCCAAGAAGGUUUACUGCAUUGCUACCCACGGCGUGUUUGGCGGCGACUGCCUGGAGCAGAUGCAGGCUUGCGACUGCAUCGACGCCAUUGUUGUUACUAACAGUUAUCCUAUCCCGGAGGAGAAAGCGCGCAAUGCCAGUAAGCUGGUGACGUUGGAUAUCUCAUACCUCUUGGCUGAGGCAAUUCGGCGGAAUCACUAUGGCGAGUCGAUGUCGCCUUUGUUCCAGCAUCUCAUGGAUUGA